UCGCCGCCAGCGCCACCGUCUCAGCUCUCUCUGUGUGCUCCGCUUCAGUCACCACUCCAUACGGCACAUAUAGAUUGCUUUGAUCGCUGCGUGUGUUUAUUUCCGCUCUGCUGAAUGGAAGUUCACGUCGUUUGUUAAGGUUUACCGUCAUCCUGGUUACUGUGCCUCGGACGUGUUUGAAAUGGGGAUACUGUUUGCGAAGUUGUGGAGCUUGUUCACAAACGAAGAGCACAAGGUUGUCAUCGUUGGCCUCAACAAUGCUGGCAAGACGACAAUUCUCUACCAGUUCCUGAUGAACGAGGUGGUGCACACAUCACCCACUAUAGGUAGCAAUGUAGAGGAAGUGGUGUGGAAAAAUGUCCACUUCAUCAUGUGGGACUUGGGCGGCCAGGAGUCUCUACGGGCCACCUGGAACACGUACUACAGUAAUGCUGAGUUUCUCAUAGUGGUGGUGGACAGCAUGGACCGGGAGCGGCUACCUUUGACAAAAGAGGAGCUCUGGAAGAUGCUGUCGCACGAGGACCUGACCAAGGCGGCAGUGCUCAUAUUUGCCAACAAGCAGGACAUCAAGGGCUGCAUGACGCCGCGAGAGAUCUCCGAGCAGCUCAACCUGACCUCCAUCAAGAAGAACCGGUGGCAGAUUCAAGCUUGCUGUGCACUGACAGGCGAAGGCCUUUACCAGGGUCUGGAAUGGGUGUAUUCACAGCUGAAAAACAAGAAGUGAUAGCAGCUGUUUCCUUAGAAACACAAAAACUGAUUACGUGCUGUGAUACGACCUAAGAGGGCAGCUGCGCAGCACCAGCUGCCUCCCAUCUCUUCAGUCUUCAAACAUGGACGGCAUGUCGAGGAACAACGGCUUGCAUUCCUCUCCGAGUGCCAAGACGUGCCUCGCCUUGUGCAGAGCCGGUGGUCGUGGCUGAACUGCUGUUUCCACGACGACAUAGCUUCCGUGGUGGGAUUUGAGAAUGCAAGAGACGCUACGGCAAGCAGGGCAGACUCAAGUGACGCAACCCUGUGACCCUGCCCGAAACCAGCGCAGGCCAUGCGCCAUUGCCGUGGUGCUUCGGUGUUUGUGCAAAAAGAGCGCAAGUGGAUGGUGCGUUGCGUGCACGUAACUUACCGCUACAUUUCCCUCAUGUGUACAUAAGAGGCACAUCUCACUUGUUCUGACUGAGCAAAACUGUUUAUGCUGCAAGUGAUACUAGUGUCUGGUCCUAGGAUUUCCUCGUGCUGCAGGCGUAGCGUGCAAUGUAGCAAGCUCUGUUGCAACAUGCAUGCGCAUCUGUGCUGCUAAUUCUAGGUUAUUUUUUAAUUAUUUCACUUAACAUUUUAUGGCCUUUUUUUAUAAUGUGCUUAUAGUUCGCAUAUGACUGCUGUUUGAUUGCUUAUUUGCUUUUGCCCUGUUGUAAGUAGAAGCAGCAUUAUUUACCCAUUUGGGUGGCGACAUUUAGACUGGCUCAUCAGGCAACUGCACUAACCUUGUUGUGUGCAGUCCUGUUGUACAUAGUCAUUUUUAAUAAGCGUACUUCACUCAGCAUUCGUUUUUUAAAAUGUUAACUGCCUGUUUCUGUACCUCAUCAGCUUUGUUUUGCAAAGCAGACAUCUAUAGUAUUUGAACAGUAAUUAAUGGGAGUCAUAAAUAAAAAUUGAUCCUGACAUGCAAGCCUGCUAUGAUUUGCAUUUUUCAAUAGCGCCAUCACAGUUUCAUCUUGGUGGUGUUCUCGAUGUACAGAAACUAAGAUAAAUUCUGUCAUAGUUUUUGUUUUCAUAUGGCACAUGUGUGGUUAUAUAUUGUAUGUACAGGCAUGUUUUUUUUUUUUCUCUCGUGACACAUCAAGACAUACCCGGACAUGCUCAUGUGUCAGUGCUUACAGAUUCGUGUGCAUUGCAUCAAUGUUUUACCUUUCCAUCAUUUAUAGACCUGUGAAGUUUUGUGAGUAGGUAGGGGUGCAGCACGCCGGUUUGCUAUAACAUAAAAUCUUUUCUGCUCUGUAA